AUGUCUUUAAGUCAUCCUUUAAUAACCAAAUUAAAGAAUUAUAAAUUAAUUUUGGGGUCUACCUCACCAAGACGACAAGAAAUAUUGAAAACCAAUUUAGGAAUACAACAUUUUGAAAUUCUUGGAUCUAAUUUUGCCGAAAAUCUUUCCAAAGAUGAUAAAAGUCCCUUGCAAUAUGUUCAAUUGACAAGUAAACAUAAAGCAGAAGCCAUAGUGGAAUCUCUAACCAAUGAUGUUGCUACCAACAAUGAGGAAAUGGAAACACUUAUUCUUACUUGUGAUACCAUUAUAAGUUGUAAUAAUAAAGUUUUUGAAAAACCAAUAACAAAAGAAACACAAAGACAGUUUUUCAAUUAUUUCAAGCAAUUUCCUGAAUUACAAGUGAUAUCAGCAUUGACAUUGAUUAAAAUAAAUAAAGAUAAUUCCACAAGUCAGUUUUCUGAUUAUGCCAUUACCAAAUUAAGAUUCAAAACUGAUGAUGAUGAGAUUAUUAAUGCAUAUAUCGAAAGUGAAGAAGGAUUGGAAGUUGCAGGUGGGUUCAAAUAUCAAGAGUUAGGAGGAUUAUUGUUUGAAUCUAUCGAUGGUGAUUAUCUAAAUGUUGUUGGUUUACCUUUAAAGACAUUUGAUCUAAUAAAUAGGAGUAUUUAG